UUCUGCACGAGGAAUCGCUACCGCAUCAAAAAUGCCGGCCAACGGACAACUAGAAGACGGCUUCCACCUGAUCGACGAACCGGCGACGUACAGCGACGCGGUGGCGUCCUCGUCGGACGACGAGACCGUCCAGUACUCCAACGACGAACGUAGCAUCAGAGACAUGAAGGCGACCAUCGCCACCGGCAAGCUGGCGACGUUCGAGAGCCUCCCCAGCCGGGCGCAUCACGAGGAGUUCAUCAGGAGUUGCAUGGACGUGAUCCUCAAGGAGGCGGUCUUCGACGGCACCAACAGGAACAACCCGGUACUCAACUUUGUCAAUCCCGAGGAGCUUCAGUCGAAGGUCAAUUUCAAACUCAAAACCGCUCCGUCCACCCACGAAGAUUUGCUGAAGACACUCAAAGACACCAUAAGGUACUCCGUCAAGACUGGCCAUCCGUACUUUGUCAAUCAACUGUUUUCGUCGUUGGAUCCUUAUGGAUUAGUUGGGCAAUGGUUGACGGACGCGUUGAACCCAACGGUUUACACCUACGAGGUGUCGCCGGUCUUCACGCUGAUGGAGGAGGAAGUACUAAGGGAGAUGAGGACCAUUGUCGGCUUUAAGAAUGGCGAAGGUGAUGGCAUCUUCUGUCCUGGAGGUUCCAUGGCCAACGGAUAUGCCAUCAGUUGUGCGCGACAUAAAUUUAUACCAGACAUCAAGAAAAAGGGCCUCCACGCACUCCCCCGCCUCGUCCUGUUCACAUCCCAAGACGCCCACUACUCCAUCAAGAAGCUGUCGUCGUUCCUGGGCCUGGGUACCGACAACGUGUACGCCAUCUGCACAGACGCCAAAGGCAAGAUGGACGUGGGACAUCUGGUGGAGGAAAUCGAAAGAGCUUUGGAAGAAGGCGCCGCCCCCUUCAUGGUUUCAGCCACCUCCGGUACCACCGUCAUCGGUGCCUUCGAUCCUCUGGACGAGAUCGCCGAUGUAUGUCAGAAGUACGGGCUGUGGAUGCACGUGGACGCGGCCUGGGGCGGCGGCGCCCUGAUGUCCAAGAAGCACCGGCAUUUGUUGAAAGGAGUCGAAAGGGCUGAUUCAGUAACGUGGAAUCCACACAAACUGCUGACUGCACCUCAGCAAUGCUCCACUUUGCUGUUAAGACACGAAGGACUUUUGGCUGAAUGUAACUCCGCCAACGCCACAUACCUGUUCCAAAAAGACAAAUUCUACGACACAAAGUACGACUUAGGAGACAAACACAUCCAGUGUGGCAGAAGACCAGACGUACUGAAGUUCUGGUUCAUGUGGAAGGCCAAAGGGACGUCCGGCUUCGAACAGCACAUAGACAAGGUUUUCGAAAACACCAAAUACUUCACGGAUUCAAUCAAAAAUCGACCGGGUUUCGAAUUGGUGGUACCGGAGCCGGAGUGCACCAACAUUUGCUUCUGGUACGUGCCACCCAGCUUGAGACAAGCGAAAUCAGAUCCGGAUUACAAAGAGAAGUUACACAAAGUGGCUCCGAAAAUCAAGGAGAGGAUGAUGAAGGAGGGCUCCAUGAUGGUGACCUACCAACCGUUGAGGGAGGUGCCUAAUUUCUUCAGGAUUGUUUUUCAGAAUUCCGGCCUCAACAAGACGGAUAUGACGCAUCUGAUAGAAGAGUUUGAACGGUUAGGUCAUGAUCUGUGAAUUGUUAGUUUAGUUUUAUGUAGAUAUGUAUAUUUAUUGUAUAGUAUUUAUAAAAGUAUUGCACGUUA